AAUAAUUUUUGUUUCUUUUCAAAAUCAUUAAUUGUGUUUCCACUGUUUUGUUAAAUAUUUUUUUCUAUUUAACUUUAAUUGUCAAUCUAAUUAAACCAUUUUAUGCUUGUUACUAUUACUAUGGUUAUCUGGAUAAAGUUAUUUUUCUUUAAUUACUGUGAAUACAAUUUAACUUGAUUGGUUAUCACUUGUCUGGCUUCAACAUCAUCUUUUUACCUUCAAAAGAAUCUAAAAAAACCUCUUCUUCUUGAAUAUCUUGUUUCUCUCUGUGCUUUUUUCUCUCUUUCUUUUUCUCUUACACACACACUUUUUUUCUUUCUCUCUUUUCCUCUAUCUCUAUCUUUUUUUCUGUUUUGUGUGUGUGUGUGUGAGUGUUGUUUAUUUAUGUGUAUCUUUUUCUGUGUGUUUAUCUUUCUCCCUUUCCCUUCAUCUCUCUGUGUAUAAAUUUAGUGAAUAACUAAUAUUCAAGUCCUUGAUUCUUUAUUACAUAUUACAUAUUGUGUUCCAUGUUUCGUUGGGGAUUCUUAUUGAAAACCUGUAACCGUCAAAUUGACUGUGUUGACAAGAGGCAUUGUAGCUUGUCUAGAGUGCCUGAUGAUAUUGCCCGAUAUGCCUCAUCAUUGGAAGACUUAUUAUUGGACUCUAACCAUAUUAAAGAUUUACCUGAUUCCUUAUUCCGGCUUCAUAGACUUCAGAAGCUGAGUAUUUCAGAUAAUGAGAUAGGAUGUUUACCUAUGGACAUAGCUAAGCUUUCUAAUCUAGUUGAAUUGGAUGCAUCAAAGAAUGAAAUAAUAGAGAUACCAGUUAUCAAAUUCUUGCGUCGCUUAAAGGAGCUUGAUCUAAGUUUCAAUCCUCUUCGAAAUGUGCCCAAUGCCAUCACCCAUUUGACCAAUUUGAAAAGUUUAUCCCUUAAUGAUGUUAAUUUACAACAUUUACCCUCCGAUAUUGGAUCGCUUAUUAACCUGGAGUCACUUGAGCUCAGAGAAAAUCUCAUUAAAACAUUACCACCAAGUUUUUCCAAUUUAACUAAACUUCAACGUUUAGACCUGGGCAGCAAUCAAUUAGAAGAAUUACCUAAAAUUAUUGGCGAUCUUAUAAUGUUACAAGAGCUUUGGCUUGAUGAAAAUGGAUUGAGAACCCUACCUAAAGAGAUUGGUAAUUUGAAAAAGUUAACCUGUCUUGAUGUUUGCGAGAAUUGUCUCAGUUAUCUACCUGAGGAAAUUUCUGGCCUAUGGAAUUUAACUGAUUUACAUCUCUCUGAUAAUCGUCUUGAACAACUACCUGAUGGAAUAGGACAACUUAAUAAACUUGUGAUUCUCAAAAUAAACCAAAACAACCUUUUCUCAUUAAAUCCAACCAUUGGUGGUUGCUCAUCUCUCCAAGAAUUAGUUUUAACCGAGAAUUCAUUACCCGAAUUACCUCCAACUAUCGGUAAUUUAAUUCAUUUAUCAAUAUUAAACUUGGAUCGUAAUGAGCUAUCUGAUUUACCGGCCCAACUUGGUAAUUUAACGAAAUUAAGUGUUUUAUCAUUAAGACAAAAUCAUAUUACCCACCUUCCAGUUGAAAUUGGUCAACUGGAACUUAAAGUGCUCGACGUUUCUGGUAACAAUUUACAAAACCUUCCAUUCUCAAUAACGGCUCUUAAUUUGAAAGCGUUGUGGUUGGCGGAAAAUCAAUCACAACCGUUGCUCAAAUUUCAGAAUGAUUUUGAUGAACAAAGUGGACUCAAAGUGUUGACAUGUUACUUAUUGCCUCAAGCCCAGACUACUGAUUAUUACACUAGUGGAAUUACUGAUUUGGCAUCACCGAAUCAAGUUGAAUCACCAAGUCCCACUUUUGGUCGUCCUCGAGAAUCUGCAGUUAGAUUCCCUGAUUCAGUUUUCGUCGAGGAAGAUGGUCUUAAUACAGGUGAUCAAAGAAGCCGAUUCGAAGCAAACUUUAUCCGACAUGAUACACCACAUCCGAAAGAACUUAAAGCAAGACAUUCGAAAUUAUUUAAAGAGAAAGAUCAAAAAUACGAGCCUGAUGAAGGAGAAGAAGAAGAAUCUCAAGAAACAUCAUCCGUCCAUAGUCGAGAAGGAUCAAAAAGUCCAAGUAACUCAGAAUCAUCUGAGGCCUCUUCAGUUAUUAUUAGGAUGGCUGAUACAAGAAUGAGUCAGGAUGAAAAGCAUGUUCUAUUUCCGGAUCAACCUAGUAAAAUACAUAGGCCAUUAGAUGAUGAGCAAGAAGAUGAUGAAGAGGAACCAGAGGAAACACUUCAUGAUGGGAAAGAUGAAGAUGAAGUAGAUGACGAAGAAAGGAGGGAGAAACAUAAACUUCAUCGCCGUGACACGCCUCACCAUUUGAAAAACAAGAGGAUAAAUAUGCCUAAUUCAAAAGAAGAUUUAAAUAAGUUUGCAUCUAUCAUCAAAGAAGUUUUGAAAAAGGAAAAUUCAUCAAACAAUGUUCAUGGAGAUGAUAUUUCAUCUCACAAUUCAUCCUUUUCCAACGCCACCAUGACAACUCCUCUACCAAUGGGCCCUGUUGAAAUUAAACAGAUGAAGUUUUAUGUUUCACGAGCUGUCGGAGGACUUGGGCUUAGUAUUGCUGGAGGUCAGGGUUCAACACCUUUCAAGGGUAAUGGAGGUAUAUUCGUGUCCAAGAUUACUUCAGGAGGUCCAGCUGAAUUAUCUGGGCUAAGAGUUGGUGAUAAAAUAUUAGCUGUCAAUGAUAUUUCCAUGGAAAAUGUUGACCAUUUUAAGGCUGUAGAAGCCUUAAAAACGGCUGGUUUCGAAUUCUCUGUUCUUGCUGCCAGAGAAGUGCCCAUAAAUGAUCAAAAUUCAAUAAACAGAUCGAUGGAUAUAAGUGCAUCAAAUCAUCAUAUAAAUCAUGAUGUCCACCUUUCAAAUGGCGAUUCCUGUCUAACAGUAUCACCUACACAUGAAAGAACUUCAUCAAUGAAUCUUAGUAGAAAACCUUAUCAGCAUUUAAACGAAUCUUUCACUUCAACAUCUUCACAGCCCUUAAAUCAACAACCUUCAUCAUUCUCACCUGAAAGUGAAGGAGAAAUUUCUCCUAAGCCUCAAUCUAAAGUGAAAACAGUUGUCGAUUAUACAAUAAUAAUUCGUGAACCCACUGGAUUAGGUUUUUGCGUCGCUUAUGGUAAAGAUGAAAAGUCUAUAAUAAUUUCAAGAAUAGCUCGGGUGGAGCCGCUCAGAAAGGGUAAACUGAGAGUUGGUGAUAGAAUCAUCAAGAUUGAAGGACAAGAUAUUUCUGGAAUGAAGAAAGAACAAGUAGUAGAUAUGUUAACUAAACCCGAACGAUUUGUUCGACUUUGUGUGGAAAGAGACGUGAUUGAAGGUGAUGAUGAUUCCUCAAAAGCAUCAUUUUCCUCCUCCUUCUCUCGGCCUUACACUGGCCUUUCAUCGGCAUCCUACAUGGCUAAUAGACCAACAUUCACUGGAUCUUACAAAAGACCUUCUUUAGGAUCAUUAAGUAAUAUAAGCCAUGAUUCGGGUGGAGUCGGGGGAUCAAACUCUUCAAAGCCAACAUAUUCAGUAUUCACCAGAUUAACCGGCCUAAAAGGUGAUCUGACUGUUUUCAAUCCAUCCACCACCGUGACACCACCGACAACAACACUGACAACAUCCUCGUCCUAUUCAACGUUACCCUCCAAUUCCACCUUCACCACUUCAUCUACGCCAUUUAACAACAGUGCCUCUCAAACCUUGAAGUCAAGUGCCUCUAUUAGUGCAUUAAAUCAAACAGGUGCCAAUCAGCAACUAAACGAAACAACGACACAUUCUAGCUUCUCGAAACCCCCUGUAGUUGUAAGGAUAGAGAAACACCAAGUUCUUAAACCUCAUGAAACUCUGGAAGCUGAAUUGCCACCACCACCAUCGAUGGCCGGUUUAUAUACUGAAGUUUUGACUAAAACAACUUUCACCGAAACAACAACCACCCGAGUUACCAACAAUAUCCUCAAGGAUUCAACCGGUUCCAUUGUAACAGAAUCAACUGUAGCAACGGAAACUCGGUCAGGAUGAGGGAAUUAAUUCAAAUCUAAAUUUCAUGGUCUCUCUUUUUCUCCUAAACUAACUAUUACAAUUAAGACAAAGCUCCAUCCUAUCGGCUUUUUUUCUUCUUCUGUCAUUCUUUCUGUCUAUCUUAUAUACUAAUCAAAUUAAUUAGAGGCUAAUUUAAUUUAAAUCAUUACAAAGAAUCGUACACACCAGUAAAAAGGAUAAAAUGAUUUAUCUUUUUUACUUUCAUCGACAACACACCAACUUCAUUUUCACUUUAUGCCUCUCAAAAUUCACAUUUUCUUGUGAUCAUCAUGUCUCAUUAAAAUGACUCUAUUUCAAUGAUUGUUAACAUAAAAACCUAAUCGAUUGUUGGUGAAUCGUUACAAUUAAUUUUAAUGACAAAUUCAUCAUCUUGUGUAAGUUAUGAAUAAAAAAAAUCUCAAUUUUAAGGAAACAA